AUGUCGAUUCCAAUUAACAUCCCUACACAAGCUCUCGAUCGCCCGCGGUCACCAUGGGAUUCCUCCCCGUUCCCAGAAGACGAAGGGCCAUACAUGGGAUAUACUGAAACAUUCGAAAAUGGCCAUGUUUACCGUGCAGUAUCAUCCGGUUCUGGCAGAUUUGUUGCGGUCGGGUCACAGUGUACAUUGCCCUUCCUGUCCUUCUCUGUCGAAAAAGAAAGGGCAAGUAAUACGAUCACCAUCAAGUUCAGAAGCAGAGACCUCAAGCAAGUCAUCUGCCAUGUUCUCGGGUAUAAGAUCGUUCCGGCCUUGCAAUUUACGCUCUGCAUUGGUCAAGUUCUCCAACAUUACGAUGGCCUGCGAGCCGAGUUAGACUCUUUGGUAUAUCGCAAUCCAUACGACGAUACAUCCAAGGAGAUGCGCUUGCUUGUCGAUGACCUCUUGCUCGAGCGAUCUCUUUACGAUGGGUUCAACAUGGGUCGACUACGCCAGCAAGGCAUCGUUACUCCCGCCCUUCUUCGAGAUAUCCACCAGCGUAACAUGGACCUCGGAGUGAACGACCUUGAGGAAUGCUUUCAACUCGGAGGGGCCAGCGAAGAGGAGGCAAAGCAGUACCUGGAGGCCCAGAAUGCCCAAAUCGACAAAUAUGCACGGGCUGGCAACUUGGACCUUCUUCGUGAAUUCUGUGAACCUCUUCUGCGAUCGAACGAUAUCCGGGUCAUCUACAACCCUGAUCUUCUUUCUCAAAUCCUCGACAAGGGAUUCUUGAAUAUAUAUGUGUACAUUUUAGACCUUGUUGAGCGGACACGGUCAACGGUAGGAGACAUUGCGGACCCUCAUUACUCCGAUAUAACGUACCACCCACUCUGCGUUGCUAUCCGUCUCGGUCGCUGUUCUGCUGUUCACGCCCUAAUUCAGAACAAACUCGACUUUUUUGAAGGGUACAUUGAAGAUGCUUCAGACCACAAAGGCUGCGUCUUCACGCCACUCCUGGCCGCAGUUCUAUGGCAACAAGUUGGCAUAAUUCGUCUGUUAUUAGAUGAGAGCGCUCUGUAUAAUGCCGAAUUGGCCAAAGCCAACGAGCUCGCGGCCGAAACAAGGUUCAUUGAUCUAUUUGAGGAGAUCCUGGAAGAUUUAACGAAACCGAAAACGUCAGCUCAUGAUGCUAUGAGUGCCAGGUACCCAGUACUGAAGGCUCCUCAGUUUUUACCUACAAGUAGAUCCUCGCCCUGCCAAUCACCAAUUUCCCCAUCACCAGGCGGUAACAGCUAUAAAUCGGGAAUUAGUAGUGCUCUAUCUGGCUCAUGGCAAGACCAGAGGACUACUGAACAUUUCGUGCCUAAUCCACCCAGCCUCGAGCUCCCCUCAGCAGCAGUUACCUCCCCAAGUGUACCCGACUUUUGCAUUUCACCCCAAGAUCUCUCAAUUUCUCAAGUCUUAUCACCUGCCUUGUCGCCCCAGUUCGACCCCCCGCCUGUACCAAAUGAGUGGCCCUCUCAAGACUCCUACAGAGCUGUUCAGGAAUGGCCUGCAAGACCAAUGCUCCUCGAUUACACCUGCAGUUACAAACGCAGAAGCUAUCUAGGACACUCCUCCAUGUAUCGCUUACAGCAAAACUGUAGAAGAAUUGAAGAGUUUUGCGAGCAACGUGGCGAUGUGGGAGAUUACGGUAACAUUCGAGAUCAUUGCACAAACCCCAUGAGUGUUUCUAGUUGGGGGCUCAAUCAUUUAAGGAACAUCUUGAGAAAUCAGGCACCGCCUGGACUCCCUUUCAUUCUCCAAGCCCUUCUAGUCGCGGACGCGUUGAUCUGCCAACUUCCAGAUAGUGGAGAGCGAGACAUCGAAUUCACUCAGGAUCUAUAUCGGUGGAAGGCUGUGGCCCUCGAACUAGACUCAGACAUGGACAUGUUCGACGAGCUUGUGUGUGUCAUAUGGGAGACCGAUUACCUCCCUCAGAACAUACUACCAGGGUCUCAGGAGGACCUCCUGCGAUUCGGUGAAUUGGCAAAGGAUCUUGUUUCAGUCGCCCAUAUCAAGCCUCCUGACCCUAAGCCUAUCGGUACUCGGAUACGAGCUAUACAGCGAAAGAUGCAGGGUUGCCACAAGGGUACUCAAAAUUUCGGGAUAACAGCGCUACCAGGCUCAGAAUCUGCAACUGAAAGGGGAGGCAGCGAGCCUGAUGUACAAAUUGUUGACCCCAAGGUAAUUGUUCUACUUCAAUCUGUAGCACUCAAUGUUCUGUUUGCGACUUCGUCAGCGAUUCAAGAUGUCGAGGACAACGGCACAUUGCAACACUUGUUUGGAGCACCUGCGAGCAUGAAUCGGUCAACGGCAAUCGUUGAAGAUUACAUUAGCUUUGACGGAAAGAAUUUUGCUUCUUAUGAUUCUGGUAUUGGGAUGGGAGGUUCCCUCGAAAACUCAAUGAGUUCAUGGACGUUGGCCACGAAAGAUACUCAUGCAUCUCGUGAGUGCUUCAAUCGGCCUUUAGAAGUUCCGGGUGGAGUACAUUUGGAUCCAGUCCUUUGGAGCUUCGAGGACAACAGCCUGAUGUUGCCUGAGCAGCAGGAAGCAAGCCUGCCUUUCGAUGACAUCUUGACUCCUCUAUUUCAGGACACGGGUGCCACGCUGUUUUCCGAGACACAACUGACAGGAGCGCCGGCCCAAAGAACCCAAUCCAAGGACAUUCGGGCGACGCCGAGCAAAACAGAUUGGUUAGGUGAACCACCAAACCCUCAACAGGAAUUCUCAACUAAGAUGGCCAACCUGACCUGCAAAUGCGGUAAGGUCUUCUCAAGUAAGUCGAACCUCGGUAAGCACGAGCGUACUGCGUGCUCAAAAAGAGUCAUUACAAGGUUGUCCUGCCGGUUUUCUCGCUUGGGAUGCCAGAAGAAGUCCACUACGAAGUGGAAUCGGGAUAUCCAUGAGAAGCGUUGGUGCAGCUUUAACCCCAAUCGAGAGCGAAAAACAUAA